AUGUCGCCUGUGGUUAAUGGCGAGCUGAAAAGCUCGAAGAAGAGGAAGAAGAGUGAUUCAGAGUCUAUUCGUCGGUCAUUGAAGCGGAGAGCGGUUGAGGGAGAGAACGGCAAGCUGGAGACGGAACAUAUACAAGAGCUCGAGGACCAGAUUGCUGAAUCCCGGAAAUAUUACAACAAUAUCGUCACUUUGCUCUCGAAACUUGAUGAUGCAGGUACGGAUAAGGCUGGCAAAAAAUCUGUUACGGUUUCUCUUUGCAGAGUCUUCUGUCGGUUGUUGGCUGGUGGACAAUUGAAUCCGUCGAAGAGCGCAUCCGAGCCAGAGACCAUCCUUGUCGCGUGGUUGAAGGAGAGAUACCAGGAGUACAAGGUAGCUUUGCUUAGGAUAUUGAGGGACGGAGAACCCUCUCAGCAGAUUACCGCUCUAAGCUUGUCUAUGCAAUUGAUUAAAGAACAAGUGGCUCAUUAUACUGGAUCAGACAUCAAUGUAUGGUCUGGUGGCUAUUUUAAUGAUAUACUGGCCGCUGUGAUUAUGCCAGGCAACGACAAGGUUAGGGCGCAUUUCAUGGACAACUUUUACCAAAAGUACCACGAUAUCACAGUCUACACCGUCCUACGACUUGCGACAUAUAUAUCCGAAGAAAGAGAUGCAGAAACUCUUGACAACAUAGUUGACCUGCUCUCAAACAUCGGCGAACCAACAAACCUCCAAGAACGAUUUGAAAACACCUACACCGACACCUCGAAGAUAAGCCAAAAGAACAAAGGCCCCUUCACCUCUGAGAACUCUUUCAAAAUCCGCGUGCAAACGGCCUGGCUCGCCGUACUACGUAACCAAAUGACCAAAUCUCAACGCAAACACCUCCUUCGCAUAAUGUCGCAUGUCGUCGUACCCUGGUUCGCAAAGCCAGAACUCCUAAUGGACUUCUUAACAGACUGCUACAACGAAGGCGGAUCAACUUCCUUGCUUUCGCUAUCGGGCCUCUUCUACCUCAUUCAGGAGAAGAACCUGGAUUAUCCGCAAUUCUACACAAAGCUAUAUUCCCUACUGGACAGGGAUGUGCUUCACUCCAAGCAUCGAUCUCGUUUCUUCAGGUUAAUGGAUACCUUCCUUGCUUCUUCGCAUCUUCCCGCUACGCUUGUAGCGAGCUUUAUAAAGCGUCUUUCGCGACUGGCGUUGAAUGCACCACCUGCUGCUAUCGUCGUGAUAGUGCCGUGGAUAUAUAACAUGCUCAGGUCCCAUCCAACAUGCACAUUUAUGAUUCAUCGGGAUCUGAAGAAGCAUGAUCCAUCGCUUUACGAGGAGAUAGAGGAAGAGGGCAUGGAUGAUCCGUUCGAUGCGUAUGAGCCCAACCCGACCCUUACAAACGCUAUUGAGAGCAGUCUGUGGGAGAUUGAGACCUUGCAGUCCCACUAUCAUCCAAACACAGCGGCUUUGGCGAGGAUUAUAUCCGAACAGUUCACCAAGCAGCAUUAUAACGUUGAGGACUUCCUAGACCUUUCCUACCAAGCCCUGCUAAGUACGGAGCUAGGUAAGGAGGAGAAGGCAUUUAAGAAGGCUCCCGUGGUCGAGUUUCAGAUUCCUAAGAGAAUAUUUACUGAUCGCGGACUGGAGGGAAGAGAGGAGGAUACAGAGCCCGGACAUAUGGUUCGAGAAUUGUGGGACUUUAGUUAG